UCUAACAAAUUGAGCUCCAGUUUCCAAAGAAAGUAACACAUGUACCAAAGAAAUAAUGUUAUUCAUGACUAUCAGGAAGAAAAUGUGGAUAUUUUCUUUUAACAUCUCUCGUUGUCCUUCCAAACCAAAACUUGUCCCUUUUCGUUAUGGAGUUCACGAUCAUAGCUAAAACAACAACAAAAUUCACCAACACAGCUGUUAAACAACAAAACUUUCCUCUCUAAAAUCAUUCUUUCUGGUUCGCUCCAACAACUCGACCUCCAGGCCUACCCUUCUGCACUUUUGGCUCAUAGACUAGACUUAUAGCACACCACAAGCAUAUUUAUAAAUAUUCAAGAACAUGCUUCUGUUUCCAACGGUUGACUACUAGUUUAACUCUCAACUCUUUAUCCGGGUCUGGUUAUAUCAACACGUUAGAUCCGUUUCCGCAUAGCUUAGAGGGUUUUUGGUGAUGUUUUGGGAGGAGGACGAUGGUAUCGCAAGCUUUGGUGUUGGAUGUUGAGAAAGGAGAACUAUUAAAAGCGCCUGCAAGAAUUGGGAAGAUGGGGAUAUCUGAGGCCAAGGCUUUCGCAGCUUUGAAGAGCCAUAGCGAGGCCGAGAGGAGGAGGAGAGAGAGGAUCAAUGCUCAUCUUGCUACUCUUCGCGGUCUUGUGCCCUGCACUGAAAAGCAGAUGGACAAGGCCACAUUGCUUGCUGCAGUCAUUAGCCAAGUCAAAGAACACAAAAAGAAUGCAUUAGAAGCCUGUAAAGGUCUUCUUGUUCCAAUGGAUGAUGAUCAAGUAAAAGUGGAGACAUAUUUUGACGGGACUUUGCAUUUCAAGGCAUCUAUCUGCUGUGACUAUCGACCUGAGCUUCUUUCCGAUUUACGAAACGCUAUUGAUGCUCUUCCUUUGAAAAUGGUGAGCGCAGAAAUAUCAACCUUGGGAAGCCGGCUAAAGAAUGAGUUCGUACUCACCGACAGAAGAAAUAAGAAUGCUUUAGAUGAUGCUGGGGCAAUACAGCUUCUUACAAAUUCUAUCCAUCAAACCCUAACAUCUGUCUUGGAGAAAGGUUCUGCCUCACAAGAAUACUCACCAAGGACAACACUUCCAAACAAGAGGAGGAGGGUGACUUUCUUUGAUUCCUCGAGCUCGUCUUCUUAAGAGCCAAAAAUCUUGUUGCUGCUGGUGCAUGUUGAUGAUGGCAAGUAUUAUCUUGUGCAAAAUGGGAAGACUUCUUUCUGAUUGCUGUACAUAUUGGAUGAUUGAUGCCAAAGAUGCUGCUGCUGCUGCUGCCAAGAGGAGUAUUGGAGGCGGUAUCAUCUGUUUGUUUAUUUCUUCUUAUUGUUGAUAUUUGCAAGCAGUAGCUCCCACCACCACUUGGGGCUAGCCUCAAGGCCGAUGAGGUUGUAUCA